ACACAAUACACACGGUCAUGCUCGAUGAAUAGGGUUCGUGCUUAUAUAUUUCCGCGGCUUUAACGAGUGAUUACUGGGCCAUUAAAGAUCUAAUGUAAAGAUAGCGGGUGUACCGUGUCUUCUCCCAGUGGCACAAAUGAUGCAAGAUGACCAGCAUAGAUCCUCACAUGACACGGAUACAACAACAUCCAACUUCUACCUGAGCAACGACGAGGACACCAUACUUGCCCAAAGCAUUCCGCUGGUAGAGCAGAACUCCAAGUCAAGUUACGCUACCCAGGUGACCGGCAUAUCGAAGCGGUCCACCACGGAGGAGGAGCUGCGAUCCCUGUCCACUACUCCCAGAUACUCACACGAGGAUCUCGGUCGCAUAGUAUCGCCGCCGCAUUCAAGUGACGAAGAAUCGCUCACUCCCGAGCAGUUUGAAGAAGAAUAUGAGGAGGUAGAUGAUACUCCAUCCGACAUCUUUGAUCCAAACGAACACUUCCGUACUGACACUUUAUCUGCUAAGCAGGUCUUGUUAAAGUCUCGGUCCUCCGUAUAUUCAUCGAAAUAUCCAGGGACUAUUUUGUCUGCAAAGCUAUCAGAUUCUGGAACAAAUCCAGUUUUACUGGAAAAAAUAGCGAAUGUUGGAACUGGGCCGGUUAACAUAAUUACUCCGCGAGUAGGAAAUUUUGAAAAGGUUCAACAAAAGGAAGCGAUUGUCCACGACAAAAUUAAUCACUCCACACACGCACGUGGAACUUCUUCAGAAAAAGGUUCCAGUUUAAUCUUGCAUCCACGGGACAAAGGUGCAAGUUUUACGUCACAUCCGCGUGGUACUACUUUUUCUGAAAAAGGAAGUAGUAAGCCGGUGAAUCAAAACGGUCCUGCCAAACCACUGCUGCCAUUGAUUAAACAAAAGCGGAAAGAAAGCUACCAAUCGAACCAGUCAGACAAAGAUUCAUUGAAGUCCAUAAAAUCACAUUUGUCGUCGCAGACCAAUCGUCAUAGGUUCCGAGCGGCCGAACUGAUGUCGAUGAGGAUGUCUAUAGUGGACGACAACCUUCGCGACAUUAUCCUGCACGCAGAGAAAGUCAGUAGGGAUCUCUCUAAUGAGCACGAUCACAGAACCAUGCUCGAGAACCAAUUGCGGCAAAUCGACGAAGAGCGGAAGGACUUGAACCAAAAGCUGGCCACACUCCGAGUAAAACUAGGGGUGGCCAAUUCCAACUACAAUGUAAGCAAGACGGAAUGCGAGCAGAUGAGGAAAAAGUUUCAGGAGACGGAGAUACAAAAGGCUCGACUGGAGGAGAGAAUCCAGACGUGCACGAAAGAGCUCGGGAAACUCAGGGACCCCGACAAUCCGGACAGCAACGUAAAUCUCAAGAAAAUAGUCCUCAAUGACAGAAAGGAGAUACGUCGACUGCGCACAGAGCUGGAAGGGGUCAGGUCGGAACGGUCAGAGGUACAGAAACAGAUUCAAGACCGGGAUGAGAAGAUCAAGAUGUUGAAGAUUUACAUUGGGGAAGCCAAAGACCAGCUGGCGGAAGUGCAGAAGGACUCUGAGACGGCGAAGAUUAGCGUGGUGGGUGAGAGAAAGAAACGUGAGGAGGUGGAGGAAAAACAUAACGAACUGCUUAAAGAGAAGGCAGCGUUCGAUACGAAGAUGACAGAGAUACGGCUGCAGAUGGACGAGGCGGCCCUAGGCUCGACCGGCAUUCAGCAGCUAGUAGAAGAGUUCAAGGAUAAAGAACAAGUGCUUAACAAUAAGCUGGCGACCGCCGAAAGGAAGCUCAAGGACGUAUUGACGCAGAUAGAGCAGGAAAAGAACCGGAACAUGCCGCAGCGCACCGCCAGCUCCAUCAAGUACCACCAGUACCGGAUGUUGCGUACCGGAAUGGUUUCGGAGACUACGCCGCACGUAGUGGUGGUCACGAACCCCAACAGCAGCGUCGCGGCUUCCGGUAAGAAAUUCAAGAGUUACCUUGGCAAAACGGUCGUUUCUACCAAACCAGUGACGUCACUUCCGGGGUCCAAGAAAGGGUCGCUAGCGACACCACGAGUGAAGGGAGGCUCUCUUCCGGCGAAACGAUGAGACGCGGGAUAGAUUUGUGAUUUGACCUGGUGACUAAGUUUUUGGACUAACAGAACUGGAACUCGGGACUACAUGUU